UACAUCGUGCCGUGCAUGAACAAGCACGGCAUCUGUGUGGUGGACGACUUCCUCGGCAAGGAGACCGGACAGCAGAUCGGCGACGAGGUGCGCGCCCUGCACGACACCGGGAAGUUCACGGACGGGCAGCUGGUCAGCCAGAAGAGCGACUCGUCCAAGGACAUCCGAGGCGAUAAGAUCACCUGGAUCGAGGGCAAGGAGCCCGGCUGCGAAACCAUUGGGCUGCUCAUGAGCAGCAUGGACGACCUGAUCCGCCACUGUAACGGGAAGCUGGGCAGCUACAAAAUCAAUGGCCGGACGAAAGCCAUGGUUGCUUGUUAUCCGGGCAAUGGAACGGGUUAUGUACGUCAUGUUGAUAAUCCAAAUGGAGAUGGAAGAUGUGUGACAUGUAUAUAUUAUCUUAAUAAAGACUGGGAUGCCAAGUUUGCUGACAUUGAACCCAAAUUUGAUAGACUGCUGUUUUUCUGGUCUGACCGUCGCAACCCUCAUGAAGUACAACCAGCAUAUGCUACAAGGUACGCAAUAACUGUUUGGUAUUUUGAUGCAGAUGAGAGAGCACGAGCUAAAGUAAAAUAUCUAACAGGUGAAAAAGGUGUGAGGGUUGAACUCAAUAAACCUUCAGAUUCAGUCGGUAAAGACGUCUUCUAGAGCCUUUGAUCCAGCAAUACCCCACUUCAUCUACAAUAAUUGUUGACGCUAUUUGUUAACUUGUGAAUAAGAAUAAAUGGGAUAAAGAAAAAUAGACAACCAGUUCGCAUUUUAAUAAGGAAACAGAAACAACUUUUUGUGUUGCAUCAAACAGAAGAUUUUGACUGCUGUGACUUUGUACUGCAUGAUCAACUUCGAAUCUGUGAUUGCUUACAGGAAGAAGAUAAGCUACUAAUUGAAAAUGGUUUUUACGUCUGGAUAUGAAAUAAGUGCCCUGUGUAGAAUUUUUUUCAUUCUUAUAUUUUGCCAGAUCUGUUAUCUAGCUGAGUUCAUUUCAUCUCUCCCUUUUUUAUAUCAAGUUUGAAUUUGGGAUAAUUUUUCUAUAUUAGGUACAAUUUAUCUAAACUGAAUUGAGAAAAAAUUACAGUAUUAUUCCUCAAAAUAACAUCAAUCUAUUUUUGUAAACAUCUUCAUACUAUUAAAUUUUGCCCUAAAAGACCUCUUAAUAAUGAUUGUUGCCAGUGACUGAUGAUUAAUUUUAUUUUACUUAAAAUAAGAAAAGGAGCACUUUAAUUACAACUGAAAAAUCAGAUUGUUUUGUAGUCCUUCCUAUCUUACACUAAUUUGAACUUUUCAAGAUUGCUGCUUUUUUUGACAUUGUCAGUAAUGAAACCUAAUUGUAAAACAGUUGCCAUUUACUACCAAUAACUUUUAGUUAAUGUUUUAUAAGGAAAAAGACACAAUAAGAAGAGUUUAAUUUUUUUUUUUCUUUGUUUGUUUUUUGAGACAGUCUUGCUCUGUUACCCAGGCUGGAGUGCAGUGGUGCAUUUUCGGCUCACUGCAAACUCCGCCUCCCAAGUUCAAGCAAUCCUCCCACCUCAGCCUCCCAACUAGCUGGGACUACAGGCACACACCACCAUGCCUGACUAAUUUUUGUAUUUUUAGUAGAGACGGGGUUUUGCCAUGUUGCCUAGGCUGGGGUUUAAGUUAAAUUUUUUUAAAAACUAAAGUGACUGGCACUAAGUGAACUUGAGAUUAUCCUCAACUUCAAGUUCCUAAGAUAAGGGCUUUCUUAAGCUUUCAGGUAUAUGUAUCCUGUAGAUGUAGACAAUAAUGUCCCAUUUCUAAGUCUUUUCCUUUUGAUUCUCCUUAAAUUGAUCGUACUUCCAAAUUUGCUGUUAUGUUUUUUUUCUAAUGCUGUGAUCUGUCUGAUCUGCAGACAAGAACCUCGUCUCUGUUGAAGAGCAUCAGGGGGAGAUUAUGUACACAUUGAAACCGAAGUGUGUUGUUACUGACUUAAUGUGCAGUAACUCCUCACAUAUCUGUUAAGGCAUUUCCCAGAUGUGAUGCCAGCCUUCUUACGUGUACUGAAAGAUGUUUAGCUUAGAAAAAACAAAACAGGUGCAAAAUCAGAUAAUUUUAUUUUGUUUCAUGGGUUUUAUUUACUUUUUAAACAACGAAGGAAUAUUAGAAAAUCACACAAGGCCUCCCAGACUUGUUAUGUAAAGAAUGAAUUGGGACGGAUGGCUUAGACUUCACUUUCCUAGGCUUUUUAGCAAAACCUAAAGGGUGGUAUCCAUAUUUUGCAUGAAUUAUGGGUGUAAGACCUUGCCCGCUUAGGUUUUCUAUCUCUGUCCUUGAUCUUCUUUGCCAAAAUGUGAGUAUACAGAAAUUUUCUGUAUAUUUCAACUGUUUUUAGCAUCUGUAUAGUUUGUAUUCAAUUAGAGACCUUUUCUAUGGGAAGCUCAGUAAUUUUUAUUAAAAGAUUGCCAUUGCUAUUCAUGUAAAACAUGAAAAAAAAAUUGGGUAGUGAAGCCAACAGUGUGGACUUAGGGUGAGAUUGAAUGUUCAGUAUAGUGACCUCACUUAGGAGAAUUUGCAGGAGAAAGUGAGAGUUUCUUGUUGUUUUUUCCUCGCCCAUAUUCAGUUUUGUUCUACUUCUUCCCCUUCCUUCCAGAUGAUAACAUCACUUCUCUACAGUAAGUGCCUCUGCCAGCCCAACCCGGGAGCGCAAGUUGUCUUUGCCAUCUGGUCUAUAGUACAGUGCGCGGCGUUAGGCCACAACUCAAAAGCAUUAUCUUUUUUAGGGUUAGUAGAAAUUGUUUUAUGUUGAUGGGAGGUUUGUUUGAUUAUCAAGAUGUACAGCCACAGCCUUUUAAUUUGGGAGCCCCUGUUGUCAUUCAAUGUGUACCUCUACAGUUGUAAAAAGUAUCAGAUUCUACUAUCUGUGGGUUGUGCUUGCCAGACAGGUCUUAAAUUGUAUAUUUUUUGGAAAAGUUUAUAUACUCUCUUGGAAAUCAUUGUGAAAAGAUCAAGAAAUCAGGUUGGCCAUUUCUUUAAUAUCCAUUCAUUUCAUGUUAGUGGGACUAUUAACUUGUCACCAAGCAGGACUCUAUUUCAAACAAAAUUUAAAACUGUUUGUGGCCUAUAUGUGUUUAAUCCUGGUUAAAGAUAAAGCUUCAUAAUGCUGUUUUUAUUCAACACAUUAACCAGCUGUAAAACACAGACCUUUAUCAAUAGUAGGCAAAGAUUUUCAGGAUUCAUAUACAGAUAGACUAUAAAGUCAUGUAAUUUGAAAAGCAGUGUUUCAUUAUGAAAGAGCUCUCAAGUUGCUUGUAAAGCUAAUCUAAUUAAAAAGAUGUAUAAAUGUUCUUGAAAACAUUA